AGCGUUGCCGGCUCAGUCGCUGUGCGGGAGUGGUCACCGAGGGAUGUGUGGUAUCGUAACCGAGUGUGAUUGAGGAAAAAGACCCGGCGUAGUUUCUCCGCGUAAUACGCUCUCGCUCUUUACCUCCGGAUCAAAAGAAACACUAGCAAUACCGAGAGUCUAGUCAGUUUUCGGACCCCCUCCUGUUGCCGCGCGAUCCCACGGAAUACGCCGAGACCGUGUAUUUAUUUAAGUAUUUAUUGUACAAAAGACUUUAACUAUAGCCAACACAAUGUCCGUGGACAAGGAGGAAUUGGUACAGCGUGCGAAGCUCGCCGAACAGGCGGAAAGGUACGACGAUAUGGCAGCUGCGAUGAAAGCGGUCACCGAAACGGGAGUCGAGUUGUCGAACGAAGAGAGGAAUUUGCUGUCAGUAGCGUACAAGAAUGUCGUCGGCGCGAGACGUAGCUCGUGGCGAGUAAUAUCCUCGAUCGAGCAAAAGACCGAAGGAUCCGAGCGCAAACAGCAGAUGGCUAAGGAAUACCGGGAAAAGGUUGAGAAGGAACUACGAGAGAUCUGUUACGACGUAUUGGAACUCCUCGAUAAGUACCUGAUCCCUAAGGCCAGCAAUGCCGAGAGCAAAGUAUUCUACCUCAAGAUGAAGGGUGACUACUACAGGUAUCUCGCAGAAGUCGCCACCGGAGAAACCAGACACGCCGUGGUAGACGACAGCCAGAAGGCAUACCAAGAUGCCUUUGAAAUCAGCAAGUCAAAGAUGCAGCCUACUCAUCCGAUCAGGCUAGGUCUUGCCCUCAACUUCUCCGUUUUCUAUUACGAGAUCCUCAACUCACCAGACAAGGCCUGUCAGCUGGCAAAACAGGCGUUCGAUGAUGCGAUCGCGGAGUUGGACACACUUAAUGAAGACAGCUAUAAAGAUUCCACGCUCAUAAUGCAACUCCUGCGCGACAACCUCACCCUUUGGACCAGUGACACGCAGGGUGAGCCGGACGAACAACAGGAGGGCGGCGACAACUAACCUUCCUAAGCUUAAGUCCUUUCUAAACCUAAUAAGAACAUCCUAUUCUCUAUCGUCCCCCCGUCCCUCGAAGUGCUCACCAAUCCAUCCACCUGAGAUCGAUUUAUCCAUUUACCUGUCCUCUUUCGUCCCCGCGCCCCUCGCGUACCACCUUGUUUCCUCUUCUUCCUCCCAUCUUUCCUUCCUUCCGCCCCCCCCCCCAACCCCGACGCUAAUCCUGUCUCUCAUUUUCCCUUCCUCUUCAUUUCCCGUGUCCCUUUCAUCGAUCGACCUCCCUUUCUCUCUUACUGGUCUACCUACCUACCUGUCCAUCUUCCUAUUUCCCUUCCUACCAUUCUUCCUGUCACCAGUCGUAAGACCAUCGCCCCGAGAAUCCCUUCUCCCUUGAUUUUCCUCCCCUCGAAUACCUCGAGUACAUCUUUGUCCUAAACGCGACCGCACAUUGCUGCCGACGCCACCGCCACAGCUGUUACGCCCGGUUCGAAACUUCAAACACGGAGAAUCCCCGCGUUCUCGACCGUGUUCUCUCCUCAAUCGCCAAUCGAGGAAGAAUGGCGAAGUGAGAGAGAAAGAGAGAGAGAGUGUGUGUGUGUGUUUGUGUGUGUGCAUGUGUGUAUACGUACCGAGUGCGUGAGAGAGAUGGAGGGAGAGCGUGAAAGAAGGAUGGAAAAUCUUAAAAGAGAGAGAGAAUGAGAGAAAGUACGAACGAAUGCGUUCCAAAGCCCACAUCGUCCUAGACGGUGCGUCGCCUGUGUUUGCGUACGAUUCUCGAUGAAAGAAAACGGUCGAGCCGCGCGAGAAUCGUCCAAAUUUCGAGCACGAAAUUUCUCCGGCAAAAGAAAAGAAAACCAGUAUAUCGACUCGUGUUUGUACGGAAGAAUAGGAAGGAGCAAAUUGUGGAUGAACAGAGGAAUGGACAGGAAGAGUAUUAUUGUUUCGCAAACUUUGUCUCGUCGUACGACUAUGUUCGGAUACGGUGAAAUUGAUUCUCGAGUAACUAGAGGCGACCGAAUCAACUUAUAUGGAGAGAGACUGUAACGUGAAAACGAAGAGAAGAACAUUAAAUCGAAGGAAUAAAUGUAGCGUUUGAUGCCACCGUUUUGCGUCGGUACGAGACACGGGAUGCGAAGAAUAUAACCCGCGGAAAAACACCACUGUCACUCCCAGAUCUGCUCACUGUUUACCAUCUGAAACGCGAGCGCUGUCCGGCGACCACGAGUCCCUCCGCGCCAACCUGCUUCCUCUUCCAACCGUUGAAAAUCGUUCGAAACCGUUCCCCUUUCGCGUGGCACAGCACAUAUUGUUACUUAUAUCUGUACUCUUGUGUACUCUAUUGCCGUCGGGAGAGUCACGCGACGACAAAGAGACGGCCUUCGACGAGACAAAAGAUUGAUAAGAAAGUUUCCCGUAGGAUAAUAAUGGCACGUAGCGUACUAUCGGCUCGACUCGGCUCGCUGUCGAGGACGCGUGUUGUCGUCUCUUUCGGAGUCCCGUGGUUUCCUCGAGAACAAGAAAACUAGAACGCGAACGGGAGCACAGGAGGGCCUCGUUGUCAGUGAAGCGAGCAUAAUCGCUCGGACAGUGUUCACUUAAAAUAUUUCGCUAAACAAAGGAAAAUACAGACGUUGAAGAAGAAACGAAGACAAAGGGAAAAAAAGCACGCAUGAAACUAACUACAUUAUAUCCAGUUGUCAUUAAAUUAAAUUUCACAUUGUCUAGCAAGUACGAUAUUAUUAUACGAAGGGAAGAACGUAGGAGGAGAAAGGAGAGUAAAAAUACAUUAAGUUAUUAAGUUCCAAAAAAAGAAACAAGAACAUCGGUGGUGAAUUACUUUUUUUACAUACGAUACUUUUUUUUUCUCAUUUCUUUGGGUAUGUGUGUACUGCACGCUCUUCCGUCUUAUUCGAACCGAUCGAACGUGUAACUUUUUACCGCGCGAUUUUUCGUUUCCGUUUUGCUUCUGUCGAAACACAGUUCUUUGUCGGAAACCGUCGACGCGAUCGGUAUUCCUCUAAUAUGGAUACGUGUGUAAUCGUUGUGUUAAGGUUGCGUCGUGGAUUAUCGCGAUCGCGCAAUCACGGCUACUACACCGAGGUGAGUGAACCGUCGUGAUUUCUCUGAAUGCUUUUCUGUCCUCCUCACGUUACGGCCGUCCGUUUCCAAUGCACGAAUAUCGAAGAGGAAAGGGAACACCGCUUUUGCGUUCUUUCGAGCAACCGAUCUCUUACACGACGAUCUCUGACAAACUCUUCCUUACCCGUACAUCUCGUGUCUCCGUUGCUUGAUUCUUUUGAUUUACUCUGGCAUUCUUCGGGGCACCAGACGUCUCUGUCUCUCUUUCUCUCACGCACAUUCUGCCUCUCUUUCUAUCGUUUCUCUGCUUAUCCUUUCCCCGUAUGUGUUAACGAGACGCGCACACAUCCGCGCAAUGUACAGGUAUCGCAAUCAAUCGCAGAUUAGCAGAUCCUAUCGUAAUCAAAAGCAAGGAAAAUGAGUAUUUUUUUUUCUUCCUCGGAUUCACUUUACGGUAUACGUACAAAGUAUACGAGUGCGUGCGUGCGUGCGUGCAUGUGUGCGCGUUCAUUCCAUGGCCAUGAUCGAUCUCGUGGAAAUUGUCGAUAGCUCGAAUAUUCGUUGUUUUCCAUAAUUUUCCAUCGAUUGUACGAUCACACCUAGCGGUACGUGUGUCGCGUUGAACGACGUUCCUGAAUUUGAACUCGUGGAGGAAACGAUGCCACUUAUAAACGCCAUUUUGCGUUUUCGUUUCAUGUAAUCGUUGUGAUAUAUCGACAGGAAUUUCUUCCGGUUUCUCGGGGUAAAACAGCAUUGUAAAGAAACAAGAUAAAAAGAAAAAAAAGGUUGUUCAGAGACGCGUAAAAGGUGGAUCCAAUUGCCUCGACCGAAACCUCUCUCGAAAAAAAAAAAGCAAAGGACGAGCGUAACCAUUUCCCGAUAAUGGAAUAUAAGAUCCGACGAUAAAUGAACAUUCGACGCGUCCGAAUGCAGCGGAUACAUUCGGUCCAGGGGCGGAUUGAUAUGUAUAUAUGUACGAACUAAUUGCUUCUAAUUAUUUGAGGGCCGUGAAAAGUCAUUUUUACGUUUUUACAUAUAAAUUCUAUGUGAGAAACGUUAGCUUUCUCCAACUAAAUAAAAAAAACUAUUAAGAUAGACGAUUCCAAUUGUUUUUAUGUUGAACAUACGCAUACACUCACCGCACGCGCACUCAUACAGUCGCAUAUAUAUAUAUAUAUAUAUAUAUAUAUAUAUAUAUAUAUAUAUACGGGCAUACACAAAUACAGACAGACAUACACAGAUACACACCAGUCAACUCUUCUUCUUUUUCUACGAGAUAUACAAAAAUAAAUGAAUGAUCAAACAAGAGUUUCUCUCUCAGUUUUCAUUUUGCUUAUGUUGUUUUACACGACUUCCGAUCGAUCGAUCAAGUAAAUCGGCUCCGAGGUCCUUGGAGAUCCACCGUCCGCCUCUGGUUCGGUUCACGUUUCAUCCUUGUGUCGUUGCUAGAGAACAUCGAUUGUGUGUCGCGCACAAUUCUUCGCCUCGUGUGGCAUUUCUAUACUUUUAAGUAUGUGUGUAACAUACACGAAAAAGCUCUCGCGCCUACUAUUUCACAAGAGACAAACAGAAACACACAUACCGAUACGUAAAUGUGUACCACAACAAUACAUACUACAUGGCAAAACAAGUAACGAUUAUCGAUAUUAAAAACGUGUGUGUGUGUGUGGGUAAACGUGUCCCGACGUACUAUACGUUCGAUGUGUCCAUGUUUUCUGUCGUAUCGCGAACGAAAGCUAACCAAAGCGAAUAAUGAUGACGGUGACGGUGACGAUGACGACGAUGAUGAUGAUAAUGAUGAUGAUGAUGAUAAUGAUGGUGAUAAUGGCGAUAAUGAGAUCGACUCGCGCGGGACUCUGGAGUGAAUCGAUUGUUGCCGAGGUAGUCUUAAAAUAAUCGGACACUCGCCGAUUGUCCACUUACCGAUGCAAGAGAGAGACCAAACGAGUGAGAAUGAAACGACGAAGGGCUGCGAGAACAGGUCCUCGAGAGAGAGUCUUUGAAACGAUCAUAGGGAUGGGCCGGCUGAGCGGGACCGGGUACCUUUUACGUGCAGUGUCCUCUCCUUGUCGGAGAACUUCGACAAUCUCCACUCUACUAGAUUCGACUCGACUCGACUCGACUCGACUUGUUCCGGUUUUCUACGAUGAAUGGUCUCGUUUUCGCGCAGCAGGUCCAAAACGAUGUAUUUAUAUACGAUCCCAUCGUUUUCUCGCUGAACCAAUUAUCUCUCUCUCUAUUAAUUUCCCGCUGAUUCCGCCCAUUUCAAAUUCCGAAGCUAGAUCUUCUGUGACGCGUGAGCGACACACGCUUUAUCGACGUAAGUUCAAUACGAGAAUACCUUUGUUGCUGUAGCUCGCACCCGCGUUUGCAUCUUCCUGCGCCAUCGCCCUCCUUCUUUUCGAUUCGUCUGAAAUACUUUUCGGUACUGUUUCGUAACGGAUCGUUUUAUAAGUCAUAAUUACGCGUCUUUCAUUCCAAUUGCAAUUAUCGGUUCAUCGCGCGUAUCUCUUUCUCUUGUCACUUCCUGCCUCCAUGGCUAUCUCUUCUCUCUCUCUCUCUCUCUCUCUCUCUCUUUCUUUCUUUCUUUCUUUCUGUUUCUCUCUUUGGCCCUCACAUCUCUCUUUCCAUUCGUCGAACAAGCUAGCCUCUGCAUACCACUUCCACGUACCUAUCUCAUCCAUCGAAUCUCCCUAGUUUCCCCUUCCCAUCUUCCGUUGUUCUAUUUGUAUUUAUCAUCAAACAUCGUAAUUGUAAAUUAUAAUUAUUAUAAACGUUUACACGAAAUAAUAAAUUCUGAUAAAAUGUCUGAAAAAAAGAGAAAAAAAAGAACAAGAGAAACAACUAUAAUAACCUCGGUUGCCUUGCUUCCACGGCAUCGGCCGAGCCCUAAAGACGAGCGAGGGUCGCUGGGCUCCGGUGUGUCGAUUGCGGUAUUUACGGCAUUUGCGGGUGAGAAACGUGAGAAAGGUACCGGGUCCUGGGCGACGACAGCCAAAGUUCAAAAAGUCGUCGCGACGAUCAUGCUUUCGCGGACGAUCCUCGUAAUUGGCGGUACGAUAUUUAUGAUCGGGAGGGCUCGCUGUGAAACACGCUCGAGAUUACUCGGCCGUGGCUUUAAAUAUUCGUUUGAGACGCCGCGCUGGUUUUGCGAUACGAAUAACCGCUUUCUCGUCGUCCCCGUUGGAGGAAGACACGGCGUGGUCGGGACCGAUCGAAUCGGCUCGACGUAGAUCCGAGAGAAAGAGUGUCGCUCGAGGAGACACCCGCUGCAUGAGAAUGUUGCGGCGGACCUUAACGGGGUUGUCUACAUGUAUACAAAAAAGUUCUAUAUAGAUAUUAUACACGCGUAUGCGAAAAUUGUCGCGUAUGGUGCGUGCCUUUACGGAAUGAAAGGGCCUAUCUAUAUCUCUACCUAUCCACCUAUCCAUCUUUACCUACAGUGCUAUUAAUCGUGCUACGUUUUUUGCACAAUUUAUACGCGAAACUAGAGUACGAAGCCAUUCGCCGGAGUCUUGUAAAAAAAUGAAUUAACGUCGUUGAUGCUUCGCGCGGCCCGAAGCUUAACCGAACGAAAAAAACGAAACGCUGCACAGCUAGGCGGUACGAGAUCAACGGAAGAUUAGAGCUAACAUCCGGAGCACGGUUGAGAAUCGCGCGUUCACUACUUGAACUUGAAAGCGUUGUCGGCAGAAUCUCGCGUUGUCUUUCGUGCGACUUUCAUGCUACUUUAUCGUGUGCUACACAUAUAUACGUAUAUUUAUAUAUAUAUAAAAACUGAUUAUAUAUAUAUGUAUAUAUAUAUACCUAUCGUUCUGUCAUUCUCGAUCGAGUGUCGCCGUCGAUUGUUUCUCCACUGCACCAUUAAUAGCAGAAGACGCGUCAUCGUUGCAUCGUCCAUAUAACCGACACGCGCGAUCGUAAUCGUACCACGAUCGUUUGCUCCGCGUUAAGUGCGUACAUUUCGUUUGGUUUCUGCACCGAUUUCGCUUUAGACUGAAAUCGUGUUUCACCGAAUUCGUGAAUCAGUUGCGAAUUUCUGACGCAAAGCGUCGCGAUUGCGUAUGAAAUGAUGAAAUCGUGUAUCAUACUGAAAUCGGCAAUUAUACAUUUCUAUCCUAUUCUCCAGUGGCUUCCGUGUUCUCCUUUCUGUAGAACGCGCACGUUUCCGUCGACGACGGGAAACAGCUGUGAUAUACGGUUCGACCGAGAAUUUUCAUGGUUGUACGGCGAAACGAUGCCUGAUGAAAUUCUUCGGACGAACCCGGUUACCGUGCUAUAAUAAAACUCUCGACACUUGUGCACGCGCGGAGCGAACGCGAUGCGUCAUUCUCGGCACACGAAGGGUAAAACGACUCAAUUAUUACGGGAGACAAGAAACUUGAUCUUUACAAACCACUGUAUCUGUCCCACAUUGUGGCAUACGUUUCUAGAACAUUUUCCAGAUCGUCGCAUACGUUUCGUUGUCACCUUGAAAUGAACGAAAAAAAAAACGAACAAUAAUUCAAGAUCAACGCGUCGCACGAUUCUUAAUUUUAGCGUUACAUGUCUCGGAAUGUGUACAGUUAAUUAGACAGAAUUCCGAAUACCGUAAUUUGGGACACGAUGUCGAAUAGUUAUUCGAAACGAUCGAUGCAUCCUCUUUUUUUUUUAUUUUCUUCCUGUGAAAAUGGCCCGAAAUCGUGUUGACUCUCGGCGACGCUACCUUCUAGGAAUCGAAAUACCUACGGGACGACCGACACGUAGAUUCGAAGCUACCUUUCACGAUCGUUGCGUAAGAUGGAUCUAGAAGUUGUACGAAUUCUUUUGAAAAAGCUUCUUCUCGUUUCUUCGCGAUGUAGUUUGGAACGUGAGUACGUCGAGACAGAGCCGCAGUGAUUUCGAAUGGAAUUCUAGCAAAGCAAAAUGAUUUUCAUCAUUAUUCUCUUCUUCUUCUUCUACCUGUAUGUAUUCAUUUACACUGUUACUACCGCUAACUUUUAUCCCUGUUUUUUACAUGCUUGUAUGUCCAAGCGAUCGGAUUAGAAAUGACAAUUUUAAGUUAACAUGUAGGAAAGAGGAAUUGGAUGUGUAAGGAGGUCAAUUAAUAUUCUAUUUAUGUAUAUUAAAUACAUUUAUUGAUUAUUUGCUGA